AUGGUUCUUUUACGGGUGAACGCGCGGCGCCGCGGCGCUGCUGGCGCGUGGCCGGGCGCCCGGGCGCACGCUCGUCAUCGGUUCCGACACGCGCUCUGUGGAGGCCUCCGCCGCCCUCGCGGCGCUCGGCGCGCAGUGCUGGCAAACGAACCGGAGCUUCUACCAGGACUCGACCGUCAGUUGGCGCAGCUCCUCCGGAGACAUAUGGAAGAGAAGCUCGGCGUGACCUGUCUUCUCGGAUAUCAGAUGGAGUCGGUGAGCGGCGCGGGCGAGCGCGGCGGGCGCGUGGCGGUGAGCGCCGUGCGGCGCGACGGCAGCGCGCGCUCCGAGGCGGACUACGACACCGUCUUCCGCAGCGACGCCAGCUGCCCCCGUGAGUCGGACGGGCACGGGGCGUCGUGGUUCGAGCACCCGCUGCCGCCGCACGAGUGCGUGCUGGUGGAGCAGGAGGACGAGGCGGCGGCGGCGGCGGCGGCGGCGGCGAUGGCGGGGGCGGCGGCG